UACCUUGUGUUGCCGGUAGUUGCAAUCCACCGUGCAGCGUAAAACGACUGAACCGUGCCGUCGAGCCGAGCCGAGAAUACCAAAAUUCAAUUUCCACCGGCGAAACAAACACAAAUUUGCGUUUCGAGGCGCCUGUCAUUGAUUAUUCCCGAUGACGAGAAUGCAUCGCGACGGCAUAGUUCAGUAAAAGCAACAACCAAAACACACACACACGAAGAACAAGAAGAAGCAAAAAAAACUACGAAUCGAUUGUGAACACGACACGCGGCACCACCUAAACAAGUAAAUAAAAACAAGCCGCCAAGGAGAGAAGUUUGAAGUUUUAUGUGAUAUUUGUGAUAUGCUGGCAAAGUGUGAGAUUAUCAGAACCUUACAGUACAACAAACCCGACGAGUACCUGAACCACCUGAACAAUCCUAAGUUUAUUUAGCAAUUUUAACCAAAAACGCGCACGGUGAUCGAAGAUUUCUUCAUUUUUGGUGAUAAGAGAUGCAACAAGACACGACCGACAACCCGGCGUGGUUGGCAACGCUUGCAUAAUUUGGUAACUGAGCAGUUUCGCAAAGGAACUGGGCUGGACGCUGGACGAUUGGCACGGCAACUACUCAAAGGACAUCAAACAGGAGUAUAACAAGCGGAUUGAUUUCGUUCGUAUGCGGAGAGUCGAUUUUCUAAUCCGGCGUGGAGAGAUUAUGUGAAGGCCGCUUAUAAGCCAACAGUUUCAUAAACGGGGGCAUGGAGUCGGGCGCACAACAGUUCUGCUUAAAGUGGAACAGCUUUGGCAGCAAUCUAGCGACGUCGUUCAGCAAUUUGUUCAAGAGCGAAACGCUCGCGGACGUGACGCUGUUCUGCGAUGGCGUCUCCUUCAGGGCUCACAAGCUUAUCCUCGCCGCGUGCAGCAAACAUCUCGCUGAUCUCUUCGAGACGGCGCCGCUGCACCAGAACCUGCUCGUUAUCCUUGAUGGCACAUCGGCGUCCAAUAUGGCGGCGCUGCUCGAAUUCAUGUACAAGGGCGAGGUGCACGUGUCGCAGGAUUGCCUAUCCAGUUUUCUUAAGGCGGCCGAAUGUCUACAAGUCAAAGGAUUAAGCAUCGAACAUGAAAAAUUAGUAAGGAGUCAAAUGGACACAUUGGGUAACGGUGAAAUGGAGUCACCCACAAGUCGAUCAUCAGGCAGUAGUGGUGGUAAACCGAUUAAAAUGGAAGCCGACAUGCCACCGCAGAGUCCUUCAUCGUACUCGCCGGCAAUGUCACCGUACAUGCACCACUAUCGCACCGCCUAUGACCGAAGGCCAUUGCGCAGUCCGACGCUGCAGGAUAGAGCUAGUGUUCUUCGUGAUGGCAGUAAAGCAGGGCGGCCGCAAUCGCCCAGUCCAAUGUCACUCGCGUACCGUCCGGCCAGCCGCUCCUCGCUGCCCCAGCAGCCGGACGCCGACGCCGCCCUGCCUGACCGAUUCAAUGACAACGACCCGCAAGCCACCGCGCUGAUAUGCCCGCCCUCGGAGAACAGCAACGCCGAUCAUUUACACCGCGACCCCGGCUGCCCCGAGGACCUUCGCAUGAAGAUGGAACCACCCGCCACGCAGGACGAGCCGCUCAGCAGCACGGCGAACACGAACAACCAGGUGAACUCAUCCGGCUUGUCGGCGAACGGCGGCUUGAUGACCAUGUACGACGCCGCCGACUCUAACAAUCUGAGUAAAGAUCGCGAUCUUAUUCCGACGACGCUCUGGAACUCCGUCACCAACAAACUGUCCAAAACAGGUGCCAUCACGACCCCAGACGGAAAGAAAUUGAAGUGCCCUUUUUGCGAACGAUUAUACGGGUAUGAGACGAAUCUGCGAGCACACAUACGACAACGGCAUCAGGGAAUACGAGUGCCGUGUCCAUUUUGCACGCGCACGUUCACCCGCAACAACACCGUUCGCCGGCACAUCGCGCGUGAACACAAAACCGAAUUGAGUCUGAAAGCGUUCCAGCAGGUGCACAACCCGUAGUACGCCAGUGGUUUGCCUCCCCUCGACGCGCAGAAGGCGAACAGCGAGGAAUCCUUACCAAAAACCAGACACGAGCACACAAGCCGACGCCGCGAUCUCGGAGCUGGCCUCCGGACGUAGAAACUCUCUUAAGUUGACACCGAAAUUAACAAAACCAAUAACACAACCAACAACCAACAAGAUGGUAAGUGUGUAGUCGUUCAAUUCGACGACCUGUAAGGAAUAACCAGCGUCUAGUUAAACGUGUGAUGAUCUGUUUUGAUGAUGAAGUUAUUUCGAAGAAACGCCGCCGCAUCUACCUCAGAAACAGUACAAAUAUUUUCUUAGAUUUAAAGCGUACACGCGUAAAUUAAUUAAAAUAAUUUAUAUCUACAUCUACACCUUGAUUGGUGACACAGGAAAGAAAGCAACACGCAAUAAAACGAUGAUGAUGAUUUUCUAGUGCAAUAGGAGAGCGCAUUCACGCAUUGAAUUGAAAUCGAAAGAAACGAACGAAUUAAUCAACUUUCACUAGACGCGAUAAUUGUUAUGUACUCGAACUCACAGCACACCCGAUCCAUGAGUGUACACACUUUUACACUUUAUCCACACACACAUAUACACACGAAAAUGCCAAAAUUCAAAACGAGCCGUACUUAGCUGUACAACCACACUAGAAAAUGAACAAUAGACGUCGCUUCCAUCGGACGCCGAAUGGAAGAGAAUUUGUUGCUAAAAUGUGAAGAUUUUAUAGGUUUUAAGUGUUGUAUAAAAUUAAUUUAGUUCUAAAGCAGGACGGUGCAAAAGAUUGAAAAAAAAACAGGUUGUUUGUUGUUUAUGUCUCGAGAUCGUUCUUGAAUGCAAUGCAAAAAUGAGAGAAUUUAACUUUUUCUAACCAAGAAACACACAACAAACACACAACAGCUCUUAAACUGCCCUGAAUGUUGUAUUUUUAAGACGACUCUAAGCUAAUCAAUGAAUUGCAAAGCAAUAGUUGCGCCAACAACAACCAAUCGAAACGAAACAAACCAAGAAAACUUUCUACCUCACAGUUUUAAGCCAUAGAUAUUAUUUAAUGCGGCGUAACAUGUAAAUCUAUUUACAAAGUAUGUUGUUGCUAGUCAUACAUGUGAACAAUAGACCAGUUAAUUGCUCAAGGAAAUAAUUUAAGACAUAGGUAUUUAUGUCUCUCGAUACACAUACGCAUAUUUUUACUUCUGUCGGAAGAAGAAACGAACACAAACGAGCUUUAAUAUAGAUUUAUUUCGGCACAACAACAACUUCCACGGUUGCAACUACAAACAAACACACAAACUCAGGGUUCUUUACAAUAUAAUUCUAGAUGAUACAAUAUUAUUUAACGCGUAAAUCGAUAGCAAAACAAUCCAAUAAUCUACGAACUGCCGAAUAAUUCACUGCUACUGUAUAGCUAAACAGCCUGGGAAUGCGAUGUGAGAAGUAUGAAUGUGUUUGUUACUUGUUUUCGUUAAAUAUUCAUCCUAAUCAUAGGUGCAUCGCAAUGAGUUUGCUACGGGUAUAAUUUUAUAUAGAUAUUUAUGUUUAAGAUGCAUUAAUGUUACAUUUGGGUUCGGUUUGUUGUGUAUGAGACGAAUGAAUGAUGAAAUGUGGCAUUCUCAGGCAUCCAGAAAGUUUCUCUUUCACACUACUACCUCAAAUAUAGUAAUAUCUAAUAAAAAUAGUAAUAAAACGCAUUCUUGCUGGUAAUAAUCACUAAUCACAUUGAAAUGAAACGGGUAUAUGUUGAAUUAAUCUCGCGUUGUUGAGGCAUUCAGGGUUAAUCAUAGAGAAACGUUUAGUUUAAGAGAAAUUAAAUAAUAAUUGAAGCAUAGUUAAAGAAUAUAUAUGAUAUAUGUAUAUGAUGUACGCGCUAUUUUUAUUUUUAGACGUUUUAGGAGUACAUUACAUAAGUUUCGUUCGUACGUUUAAGCUAUAUAUUAAUAUUAUUAUUUUUUUUUUGUUGGGUUAGUUUAUCUUUUACCACACAGAAAUUUCUACGCCAAAAGUCCAAUGUUUUUGUUUGACUCUAAACUUUUGCGUUACCAAGUAACGCAUGAUUAUUUACUUGGAAAAGCUUUCACACCUGUACUACUUUGGCAAAAAGCUCUUCUUUCGCCGCCCCCCCUUGACGACUGCUGAAUUCCCACCAGGUGAAUCACAUGCAUCACAAAACACCCACACAACACGAUACACUUUUUGUGAUCAAUCUAUAUUAAGAUGAAGUAUAUAAAUACAAUUACGACCCCAAUUAUAAGAGUCCGAAUUUGAGCGCAGCGCCACCGUUCGUUCGCAUUAGGAACGAAUCAUAUUUGUAAUAACAUUCUGAGUGUAACUUACUGAUGUUAGUAAUGUAAGGUGAUGAAACGCCGGCGAGCUGUACGGUGUGAUGUGUGUGGCAUGGUGGAGGCGCUGAAAUUUCUAGACAUUUGAUACAAAAGCGAUAAUAUAAGUAGAGGACAAACACAUUAAACGCGUAUUUGAAUAGUGGUAGGGUUCGUUCGGGCGCCUCCACCACGCGCGCGCCAUCGCACGAGCAUCGCUCGCAUUUUUUGAUAAUUAUCCUUGUUACCGGUGUAUUUGCUUUAAAUAUAAUGUGUAAAGUGUCCCCUCGGGAGAAGCGUGAACACAUUGCAAGUUGGGGAUUUUUGUAAACUAAUUUUAAGGCAUUGACAUGUUGCGCACCCCGUUUGUCGGUUCAACGUUUCCAUUGGCAUCCAUAGGCGUAAGUUUUCUAGUUAGCGAUUUUCUAGUUAGGCACGAGAAUAAGGAAGAAUGUGAUUGUAUUAUAAGCAUGCAAGUUUGUAUUACCGAAUUGUGGUGGGAGGCGUGAAGCGAAAGGUGAAACAUUGAACCGACAAGCGCCACGCAGAUAUUUCUCGAUAUCUCUGUGGUGACAGAUUGUGAUGUGUGUCGAACACGUUCUUUCUCUAAACAAAUCUCUCUAUAUUAAAUAAAAUGUCUGUUUCACUGCACCGUCUCACAUUCACUCACAAACUUAAAGCGUAAAAGAGAUAAGAACACACACACACCACAUACAAAAACACACACACGAAAUAUGUUUAAUAAGUAAGCAAACAAUGUACUGAAUCGGUUCCAAAAUUGUGUCCCAAAACGCCGCCACCCGUCCCCAAAUGGCGUCUCUCUGUGUAGUUCGGACGCUGGGGGCCGGCGUUCAAUUUUAAACAUAAGUGAAAAACAUGUAACACUUCUAUGAUAUGUAAUUCUAUUGAUAAGAUUAAUGUAAAACGUAUUUCACGACGAUUUUUAAGUUCGACUUGUACAUUCACACACACACGCCACACGAUAAUAAUCUAUUGCAAAGCAAGAUGCAACUCAGGUAUUUUACGUUAUCAGGGAUUAUCAGUUAACUAGUUAUUUAUUACGUGCUGCAUUGUUCACAUUGUAUGAUGUUACGGGUAUUUCAUCAUUUUGUAAAGCAAGUAAUAUCUUCAGGUGCAAACCAAAGUAACAGUACAAAUAUGCAUCUACCUCAUUGAAUCCUCAGCUCAUCUAAAUAUAACAAAAAUGAAGAACCUAUUAUACUUACUAUGAUUAAUUAGUGAGUAGUGAAGAAUACACGAAAUAUAUUUAUGGUUAUUAUGCCCAAGUACAAACAUGAAAUAAUGAACUAUUAUGAAAUGAAACACUAUAAAAUGUUAACUAAAUGGAAAAACUCAGGAAAUUCACGUUAUAAACAAAAAUGGUACAAACAAUUUAUUCAUGUAAUCACUAUGUAAAUAUUGUCCACGCAGCAAUCAUUCAAAUUUUCGCUUCUUUGUGGAGCUGAAUGUUUGAUUGUAAGAUUGUUGCGGUGACAGUUUAUCAGGGAAUCUCUACAUUUACUGUUCUACUAAAAUGUUUAUUCUAUAAUGGCGAUUGCAGUGGAGGAUUUGGAACCAUUUGGGAAUUGUGAGAAUGAAGUUGUAAGCAAGAAUCAUAUUUUUAAUAAUGGCAAAAUUUCGCACCGGUAAACAUUAACUUUGAAUUUGUACUUAACGAAACGAAUUUAUCUAUCAAGAAACUUAGAUAAAAACAUUUGGGGAUGAAAAUCACGAGGGAAGAGUCAAUUGAUUAUUCAGUACAAGUACUAUUAACGAUAUGAUUUUUGUUCUCACCUAACCGAAAUUGUAAACGAAGAUGAAGGAUUAAUCAAUGCGGUUUCCCGUCUUUGGCAAAGAUGGCGUCGCCCUCCGCAGUCCAUUUUUAAGGAGGCGUGAAAAUUGUCUGUGUAUACACUCCACACUGCGAUGGUUGAGGAAAGGGGGGAAACCGUGCGUGCAUUGUUUGUACCGCUGGCAAGAAAGCGAAGAGGAAACAAAUUACAUUACAUGUUGUGCGAAUGCAUGUUGAUAACACGUUUUAACAAUGUAUAAUGUAUUUUAACGAUUCGGGUUGCUGAAUGAGAGGACCCACUCUCGUUGAGGGAGUCUAAAUUAUCAACUAUAUGAUGUACUAUUAUUACAUUUAAUUGUAUAUAAGCAACAUAUGAUGUAUUUCAUGUUCUGUUUUUCCUUAUUAAUUUUAAUAAACAAUUUGACGUUUAAA